AUGAUGCUUGCCAUAUCACGUCUACGUUGCCCGUCCUGCCGGUCAGCAGCUCUCUCACCAAACUAUAUCCUCUGUACAGCGCUGCGCAGCAAUACUAUAUUUGGAUCAACACUCAUUUUGAAUAUAUCCCCGCGCGUAGUAGCGUUGCGUGACAGACAAGCACGCCGUGGCAGCAGAGCGCCGGUUCCGACUUGGCAGCCGCUCCCCUAG